AUGCGGCAAAGGCGCCGACCCUACCUGCAGCAUAGGCGCCGACCCUACCUGCGAUACAGGAGGCGACCCUACCUGCAAUAUAGGCGCUGCGACAUAGGCGUCGACCCUACCUGCGAUAUAAGCGCCGACCCUACCUGCGGCAAAGGCGCCGACCCUACCUGCAGCAUAGGCGCCGACCCUACCUGCGAUACAGGAGCCGACCCUACCUGCGCCGACCCUACCUGCGGCAAAGGCGCCGACCCUACCUGCGAUACAGGCGCCGACCCUACCUGCGAUAUAGGCGCCGACCCUUCCUGUGAUAUAGGCGCCGGACCACCCUGCGAUAUAGGCGCCGACCCUACCUGCGAUAUAGGGGCCUACCCUACUUGCGAUAUAGGAGCCGACCAUACCUGCGAUACAGGCGCCGACCCUACCUGCGAUAUAGGCGCCGACCCUACCUGUGAUUUAGGAGCCAACCCUACCUGCGAUACAAGCACCGGACCUACCUGUGAUAUAGGAGCCGACCCUACCUGCGAUAUAGGCGCCGGACCUACCUGUGAUAUAGGAGCCGACCCUACCUGCGAUACAGGCGCCGACCCUACCUGCGAUAUAGGCACUGACCCUACCUAUGAUAUAGGCGCCGACCCUACCUGCGAUAUAGGCGCCGGACCUACCUGCGAUAUAAGCGCCGACCCUACCUGCGAUAUAGGCGCCGGACCUACCUGCGAUAUAGGCGCCGACCCUAUCUGCGAUUUAGGAGCCGACCCUACCUGCGAUAGAAGCACCGGACCUACCUGUGAUAUAGGAGCCGACCCUACCUGCGAUAUAGGCGCCGGACCUACCUGUGAUAUAGGAGCCGACCCUACCUGCGAUAUAGGCACCGGACCUACCUGUGAUAUAGGAGCCGACCCUACCUUCGAUAAAGGCGCCGACCCUACCUGUGAUAUAGGAGCCGACCCUACCUGCGAUAUAGGCACCGGACCUACCUGUGAUAUAGGAGCCGACCCUACCUGCGAUACAGGCACCGGACCUACCUGUGAUAUAGGAGCCGACCCUACCUGCGAUAUAGGCGCCGACCCUACCUGUGAUAUAGGAGCCGACCGUACCUGUGAUAUAGGAGCCGACCCUACCUGCGAUAUAGGCGCCGACCCUACCUGUGAUAUAGGAGCCGACCCUACUUGCGAUAUAGGCGCCGACCCUACCUGUGAUAUAGGAGCCGACCCUACCUGCGAUAUAGGCGCCGACCCUACCUGUGAUAUAGGCGCCGACCCUACCUGUGAUAUAGGAGCCGACCCUACCUGUGAUAUAGGCGCCGACCCUACCUGUGAUAUAGGCGCCGACCCUACCUGCGAUAAAGGCGCCGACCCUACCUGUGAUAUAGGAGCCGACCCUACCUGCGAUAUAGGCGCCGACCCUACCUGUGAUAUAGGAGCCGACCCUACCUGCGAUAUAGGCACCGGACCUACCUGUGAUAUAGGAGCCGACCCUAUCUGCGAUACAGGCGCCGACCCUACCUGCGAUAUAGGCACUGACCCUACCUAUGAUAUAGGCGCCGACCCUACCUGCGAUAUAGGCGCCGGACCUAACUGCGAUAUAGGCGCCGACUCUACCUGCGAUAUUGGCGCCGGACCUACCUGCGAUAUAGGCGCCGACCCUAUCUGCGAUUUAGGAGCCGACCUACCUGCGAUAUAG